AUAGUUAUGUGUGUGCUUAAAGCUUUAAAUAUGUAUAUAUUAUUACUAAUUAAAAUCUAAAUAAUGCAUUAACUGGAUAUGCACGUCUAAGGCCGCAAACCUUUUCUCUAUCAAUAUAUAUUGCAUCUAUCUUAAGAGCUAGAUCAUGUUCCAGUGCAGUCCUUGUUCUCAACAAUCUUUGAUGUUGAUCCUCAAGUUCUUUCAAAGCUUUAUGCAUACGUUUUACUUGAUGAUCUAUUUCAUCAAUUUCUCUUUGAAGGCUAUAAAAAUGAAUACAAGAUAUUAUAGUCAGCGCGCGUAUAGUGGUGCAGUAUUGAUAAUAUUUCUCAACAUGGCAGAUGUACCAAAUGAAGCUCCAGAACAUUGUCCUGGUACACAGAGUGAUCAUGCCGGUAAAGCAUCAGCUUGUGCAGGAUGUCCAAACCAAGUAUUAUGUGCAUCAGGUGCAACAAAACAACCGGAUCCUAAUAUAGAAUUAGUUAAAGAAAGAUUAUCUAAUGUCAAACACAAAAUCUUGAUUUUAUCAGGCAAAGGUGGAGUUGGUAAAAGUACAAUGACUUCAUUGAUAUCUAGGGUUCUGGCAGAUAGUAAUCCUGAUAAGAAUAUUGCUGUGUUGGACAUUGAUAUUUGUGGUCCAUCACAACCAAGAAUUUUAGGAGCACUUGGAGAACAAAUACAUCAAAGUGGUUCUGGCUGGUCUCCUGUGUAUAUCGAAGAUAAUUUAUCAUUGAUGUCAAUUGGAUUUUUACUUGAUAGUCCAAGCAGUGCAGUAAUAUGGAGAGGGCCUAAAAAAAAUGGUAUGAUACGACAAUUUUUGUCUGAAGUUGAUUGGGGCAAUUUAGAUUAUCUUAUUCUGGACACACCACCGGGUACCUCAGAUGAACAUUUGUCAGUAACCACAUAUUUAAAAAGUGCUGGUAUAACUGGUGCCAUAGUUAUCACUACACCUCAGCAAGUUGCUUUGUUGGAUGUCAGGAAAGAAAUAGAUUUUUGUAACAAAGUAAACAUUCCAAUAUUAGGUGUAGUUGAAAAUAUGAGUUUGUUUGUAUGUCCUAAGUGUAAGAAUUCCGCAGAAAUUUUUCCUGCAUUGACAGGUGGUGGUCGUGCUAUGGCCGCCGAUUUAAAUAUUGAUUUUUUAGGAUCAUUACCAUUAGAUCCAUUGAUUGCAAGAUGUUGUGACGAGGGAAAAAACUUCUUAAUCGACAUUCCAGAAUCACCAACGAUUCAAGUUUUACGGGAAAUCGUAAAAAAGAUCGUACAUAAAUGUGAAAAUGAAAAGGAAAAUAAUAUGGUUGAAAAAACUUAAGAGAUUUCUAUGUUUAUAAAAAAUAUCAAAUUUGUAUUGUAUCAAAGUAUGUUCAUAAAAAUUAAAUGAUUUAUUUCUUCUAUUA